AUGUUUACAACUACAACUCAUCAUAUUAUUGUUAAAGGUCAAUAUAUUAUGAAGAAUGAUGAUCAACGGCGUACAAUUCUUAAUUACGUUCUGAAAUCAUCUCCAAACAUUUAUUUACAAAAUGUAUUCAACAUUACUGAACACGGUUCAUUUAUUCUUGUUGUUAAAAAUCCAGAACUGAAAAUUGCAUUUCAAAUGGAUCCUAAUAAAUCUGAAGAAGUUAAAUUGCUUCAAAAACUAAAAAAAAUGUUUGGCUUGUAUACGUGGUCACCAGCUCAGCCUGAAAUGCUGGAUAUGGUUGGCUGUAAGUUGGUCUUCACACAUUCGUCAAAUAAUGAUUUUGAAGCAUUAUUAAAUCAACGUGGUGAUGAAAUAGAAGAAUCAUAUGUUGAAAUUUCAACAACUGCAGUCGAUGUUAUAAAAUAUAGUGAAUUAGAUGAACAAUAA